AAUUCGGAUCAGUUAAAAAGGUACAACUUAUCUAAAGUUCUGAUUUAAGCCCAAAACAAGGAUUGGUUUGGUUUAUAAGCCCAGAUAUAUAAACUUAACGAAGCCAUGCCUGGGUAAUUAGGGUUUUUGGUUUCCGUCAGGAGAUUUACGGUUAGGGUUUCUCUGCACACUUCAACCAACAACAAUGGCGGAGCAGACGGAGAAGGCGUUUCUGAAGCAACCAAAAGUUUUCUUAAGCUCGAAGAAAUCUGGUAAGGGAAAGAGGCCAGGCAAAGGAGGUAAUCGUUUCUGGAAGAACAUUGGUCUUGGUUUCAAGACUCCCAGAGAGGCUAUUGAAGGAGCAUACAUUGACAAGAAAUGUCCCUUUACUGGUACGGUUUCAAUCAGGGGACGCAUCUUGGCAGGCACUUGUCACAGUGCGAAGAUGCAGAGGACUAUUAUUGUUCGUAGGAACUACCUUCACUUUGUGAAGAAGUAUCAAAGAUAUGAGAAACGACACUCAAACAUUCCUGCUCAUGUUUCGCCGUGCUUCCGUGUCAAAGAAGGAGAUCAUGUUAUCAUUGGGCAAUGCAGGCCACUGUCAAAGACGGUGAGGUUCAAUGUCCUGAAGGUCAUUCCAGCUGGAAGCUCUGCUAUUGGGAAGAAAGCAUUCACUGGAAUGUAAUGAGGCUGAAAAGGUGCGAUCUAUUCAAAAAAGAGUAGUCUUUCCCUAAGCAGAGUUUUGACUUGGUUUAUUGGAUUCGUUUCCUAUGUCCUGUCAUUAAGAGAUAUUACAUCCGUUUUAGCUGCAACAGUGUGUCUCAAAGCCUCAUCUCUUUCUAUCUUAGGAUAAGUCUUUUGUGAUGAAAUCUUUGUGUUAGGGAUAAGUCAUGUAUACUUCAAUGUUCCCUAAUUUUAUGGGGAAUGCAACGAACGUGCACCCUCAUUUUACGAGAUACUUCUUACAUAAGAGUAAGCUCCGAUCAUGUUGGAGCCCUGUCAUGCUUUAUCAA